UGCACUCACCUGUUUCAACUCCAAUUAAUAGCUGUUGUUAAGCCACUCGAUCUUCCGGCGUAUUCUUAUACGUAUACGUGUUGCGUAUCUGUUAAUUAGAAUUAAUACUUGUUAAACAGUAAAUAGUUAUUCGUUGAUCAGCAUGAUCUAGUAAAACUAGCUGCUCAAGACCGAAUAUAAUUACAAUGACAGACACAGACGUAUGGGAUAUAAUUGAGCGUGAUGAAUUUUAUAAGCAGUUUCUACAGAAUGAUACAUCUGUUAAGUCCCAGGCAGUUUUGCAAGGUUUAGCAGCAACAGAACAGCUGAAGAAGUUGACUGAAGGGAUCAGUCUCCUGGACAAGGAAUUGCAGAGGCAGGUUAUGGCUAAUCAUGAAGAUCUUCUGUCACAAGCAACGUGGGUUGAAAAACUGGAUGGGGUGCUUGCUGUCAUGCAGACGCAUGUCCAGUGCUUGCUGUCUGCCGUCGAGCGGCUGCGAACAAAAAUUGUUGAGCCGUUCAAUAAGAUCGAGCAGCAGACUAUGAUGUUGUCUCACCUCCACGCGACUUCGGAUCUUUUGAGACGUGUGGCUCGCAUACAGCAUUUGUCGCGUCGACUGGGAGCUCAGAUGCAGGGUUCUAACCCUGAUAUCACCAAGGCUGCACAGAGCCUGAGUGAACUAACCCAGUUGUCCGAGGACGUCGAUCUGUCUGGACUCGAGGUGAUAGAGGAAGAUCAACGGUUCAUUCGAAAUCAUCGAAUUGAGGUUGAGAGACAGGCGAAACUCAUGCUAACACAAGGACUUCAGACUCAGAACUUAUCACAGGUUGGAACCGCUGUGCAGGUCUUUUGCAAUCUUGGAUCACUUGACGGUACAGUAAGCCACGUGCUUGAGACGGCACAGCACAACAUAAAGCAGAGUAUAAAAGAGGCUUUGGACGUAAAUACGUUGAGCCAAGCGACCGCAGCAGAUGCCAUCAAAGGCAGAGGCGCUCCAGGUAGAGCGGCCAUGCCUUCACCUGGCAACACUGCUAACUUCCGUUCUCGCCUUUGGGCAGCUUUGGAACUUCUGUUUGACACGGCUAUAUAUACAGAGUGUCAUCAGGUGGAGCUUCUACAGAGGAUACUGAGGCGUAAAUUGCGAGGGGACUCGGGAGUGUUGUCACAGCAUAAUUCAGCCUGUUACAUGGAUUUGUUACCUGAAAAAAACCAGCAGCUGGCAGCCAAUUUGUGGCAGAAUGUCACCAGUCUUUUGGCACAGGAACUGGCCGAGGCGGCACAGGGUUCAAUGUUCGUAAAACAAGCCCUUGAAGGUGAAUAUCCAAAGUUCCUUCGUCUUUAUCUCGAUAUGUGCAAGAGGAUUCAGGCCAUCGAUCACAGCUCAGAGCAGAUCGAAGCUACCGUGGCAAGAGGCACAGAACAAGAAGGCACUGAUUCUGGAAGCUUUCAUAUAAAUCGUGAGGUGGUUUCUCAGUUUGAGAAUGCAUAUUUAUCACGUUCUGUAUCCCGGUUGCUGGAUCCUGUCCAUCUUAUGUUCUCUGGAGAUGCUGUUCCCCCUCAUGAGGAAGUUGAUUCUCUCAUCAGAACAAUUACGAGUGAGCUGAGUGUCUCUCUUGUUGAUGUAUUUCUGAGUUGCACAGUCGCUAGAAACAUCAGCAAGACUGUUCGCUUGUUCUGCCUCAAGUGUGAACAGAUGAUUGUUACUGAUGGAGAAGCCACACAGGUUAUAGACACUUGCACACCUGGGCAAAUGCUAAAUAUAUCCAUAGCAAAUUUGUUACACUACUUGAAUGGACAAGUGGGACGAGUUAUGGUCAAUAUGAAGACGAGUUUAUCGCCAGAUGCCGCUAAUAUCAUACAGGACUCGCUGAACCACACGGACAAACUAAUCCAAAAUAUAGUCACUCCUCUUUUAGCGUCCAUAUCUGAUGCUAUAGAGGCAAUUAUUCUUACCAUUCAUAAUGAAGAUUAUUCCAUGGGACUAGCAGAAGGAGAAAGUAGCGUUAAUACAAGCAGCAGGAGGACAGAUGCUGCCCAUUGUUCCUUGUACAUGAAAGAAUUACAGGCUUUCAUUGCCAGGGCAGCCACCAAUUACUUGGCACCAUUCCAGAGUCAAGAAAUAGUUAUGAAAUGCUCUGUUCCUGUUGCACACCGCUGCAUUCAGCUGUUUCUCAACCAUGCUUGCUUAGUUCGUCCCUUGGGAGAAGGAGGGCGUGUCCGACUUUCUGCAGAUUUCAGCCAGAUGGAAGUAGCAGUGGUACCCCUCUGUAGACAGACAUCUGAACUGAGUCGCCAGUACCGAAUGAUGCGUACAUCACAUUCAUUACUUUUCCUCGGUGACGAAGAGGUGUUGGAUAGUCCAGCUCUGGGAGAUGUAAUUCCAUACAGCUUGGUAUUGCUCUCCAUGUUUUCUCGUGGACCAAAUGAACUUCUCUCACCACAUCAGAGUGCAAACUGGUCCAUAAGCCGUUUCUCUCAGUGGUUGGACGGCCAUCCAUCAGAGCGAGAACGACUAGAGCUUCUCGGAGGAGCAUUGCAGCGGUACCAACAAAUUGUUCGUCAGAGAGGGGAAACAAGUUUUCACAGUGUGUAUCCAGUCAUGAUCACACUUCUUGAGAGAGGAAUGGCAUAUUGUGUAGAACAGAUCAGUUAAUUAUGAUGUAAGUUUGUGGUUUACUUAGUGAUGCUGUUAAUGGCACAGGCUCUGUAGCAUUCAUUUAUGAUGUAAGGUUGUCAUGCAAUGAAAAGUAAGUGAAUUUGCGCUGCUUA